CGAGUGAGCGUGGGAGUCAGGUGCCACCAACAGUGUGAACGCAUAUGUGGGACUUUAUAAGAAGUCCUCGAGGACCACCAUUUGCUCCGUGCCCUCCUCUGUCUCUUGCUCCCUUUCGUUCUACCCAUUUCUGCACGGUUGGGUUGCGGCAUCCGCAGCAGCAGUUUCGUUGCCCUCUCUUCGGGUUGCGUUGAGGAAGGAGGUUGUGCUGUUGGUGCCUCGCCCAUUUGCAGAUAUGGAGCUGUCCGUGGAGAAGACCGCCUCCGGGCGCGAGUACAAGGUGCGGGACAUGUCCCAGGCCGACUUCGGGCGUCUGGAGCUGGAUCUUGCGGAGGUUGAGAUGCCCGGGCUCAUGUCGUGUCGCACGGAGUUCGGAGCCGCGCAGCCAUUCAAGGGCGCCAAGAUCACGGGGUCCCUGCACAUGACCAUCCAGACUGCGGUGCUCAUCGAGACAUUGACGGCUCUGGGCGCGGAGGUGAGAUGGUGCUCUUGCAACAUCUUUUCUACCCAGGACCACGCUGCCGCCGCUAUCGCACGCGACAGCGCGGCGGUGUUCGCAUGGAAGGGGGAGACACUGCAGGAGUAUUGGUGGUGCACGGAGAGGGCUUUGGACUGGGGUCCGGACGGAGGCCCAGAUCUGAUCGUGGAUGACGGCGGUGACGCGACAUUGUUGAUUCACGAGGGUGUGAAGGCCGAGGAUGUGUACGCGAAGGAUGGCACGCUGCCCGACCCCGAGUCGACGACGAACGCCGAGUUCAAGAUCGUGUUGACAAUCUUGAGGGACGGCAUGAAGGAGAACCCCAACAAGUACCACAAGAUGGCGGAAAGGUUGGUGGGUGUGUCGGAGGAGACGACGACGGGAGUGAAGCGGCUGUACCAGAUGAUGGACAACGGAAGCCUGUUGUUCCCUGCCAUCAAUGUGAACGACUCUGUGACGAAGAGCAAGUUCGACAAUCUGUACGGUUGCCGGCACUCGCUGCCCGACGGGCUGAUGAGGGCGACGGAUGUGAUGAUCGCCGGGAAGGUUGCUGUGAUCUUCGGUUACGGUGAUGUCGGGAAGGGAUGCGCGAGCGCCAUGAAGGCCGCGGGAGCGCGUGUGAUCGUGACGGAGAUCGAUCCCAUCUGCGCUCUGCAGGCCCUCAUGGAGGGGUACCAGGUGCUGAGGUUGGAGGACUGCGUGGAGUACGCCGACAUCUUCUGCACGACGACGGGUAACAAGGACAUCAUCAUGGUGAGCGACAUGAGGAAGAUGAAGAACAACGCCAUCGUGUGCAACAUUGGGCACUUCGACAACGAGAUCGACAUGGAGGGGCUGGAGACGUAUCCCGGGAAUAGAGCUCUUUGA